GCAGCACCAUCUCCCUUCUCGGUUUCCCUCCCCUCUCCGUCUUCCUCUCCGUUUAUAUUUCUCCACGGCCUCUCCGGCUCUUGCUCUGCCCGCGACGACCAAAAAAACCCCCAACACCGAACCACACCAGCACGCCACGCGCCCGCGGCCACCGCAAAUCCCGCCUCCUCCCACCGCGAUGGGGAGAACCAUUCAUCCCCGAGCUCCGCGCUUGUGAUCUCGCUCGCACCCAACAAUUCCUCCGCCGAGGCCGACCGAGCAGGCACCGACUACCAACAUUUCGUUCGUGCGCUCGAAAGGAGCCGUCGUUCGUGCUCCAAGGACCGAGAGGGGGGGGCGGGCAAUGGCGGCGGCGUGGGCCCGAGCGAAGCGCGCGCUCGCCACCUGCCUCUGCGUCAGCUUUCCCGCGCGCCAGAGGGCCAUCGAGGACGCGCCGCCGCCGCCGGCGGUGGAGGCGCCGUCUUCAGUGUCUGAGGACAAGCUGGAGUCCGCCUCCGUGUCCGUGCGGCGGCUGACGAGCUUUGGGAGCCGGAGUUCGCAGCAGAAGACAUGUGCUAUUUGCCUUGGUGGCAUGAGAUCAGGGCAGGGACAUGCCUUGUUCACUGCUGAAUGCUCCCACAAGUUCCAUUUUCACUGCAUCUCUUCAAAUAUCAAGCAUGGCAACCUCAUCUGCCCGAUAUGCCGCGCUGAGUGGAAAGAACUCCCAGGCGCUCAACCUGCAGAUGCCAAUUAUGGACGAGCUAGAGUAAACCCAUUAAAUUGGCCCCAGGAUGAAGGGCACAUGGCUGUUGUCCGCAGGCUUUCCCAUACAUACAGUGGAAACCUGCAGGAGCACCUCCCUUUCUUCCGUACUCUGGAGGCAGGCAUUUUCAAUGACGAUGAGCACAUAGAUCUUCAGUCUGAUAUGAACGACGAACAUAAUGCUAUCACUGGUUCAGUUAAAAUCAAGGCAUAUUCAGAAUUUCCAGCUAUUGAACAAUCAGUGACCAAGGAGAUCUUUGCUAUCUUGAUCCAUCUCAGGGCUCCAAAAUCUUCACACUCAGCGAGCUCCCGUGCACCUCUUGACCUUGUCACUGUGCUUGAUGUCAGCGGUAGCAUGGCAGGGACCAAAAUUGCACUUCUGAAGAAUGCCAUGAGCUUUGUUAUCCAAACCCUUGGACCCAACGACCGCCUGUCUGUCAUUGCUUUCUCAUCUACAGCACGUAGACUCUUUCCUCUUCGGCGAAUGACAUUAGCCGGUAGGCAGCAAGCCUUGCAAGCUGUCAGUUCCCUUGUUGCAAGUGGUGGCACAAACAUUGCUGAUGGGCUAAAGAAAGGCGCUAAAGUGAUUGAGGACCGUCGGUUGAAGAAUCCUGUUUGCAGCAUCAUUCUUCUCUCUGAUGGUCAAGACACAUAUACACUCCCUUCUGACAGGAAUCUACUAGAUUACAGUGCCCUUGUCCCACCUUCAAUCCUUCCUGGAACAGGCCAUCACGUCCAGAUCCACACCUUUGGUUUCGGCUCAGAUCAUGAUUCUGCUGCCAUGCAUGCUAUUGCUGAGAUCUCCAGUGGCACAUUCUCAUUUAUCGAUGCUGAAGGCUCGAUCCAAGAUGGAUUUGCUCAGUGUAUUGGUGGCCUCCUGAGUGUUGUGGUUAAGGAGAUGCGGUUGGGCAUUGAGUGUGUUGACAAUGGUGUGCUACUGACUUCCAUCAAGUCUGGUGGGUAUACAAGUCAAGUUGCUGAAAAUGGACGUGGUGGUUCAGUUGAUAUUGGUGACCUGUAUGCAGAUGAAGAGAGGGGGUUUCUGCUCACUCUACAUGUCCCACCUGCGCAGGGACAGACUGUGCUGAUCAAACCAAGUUGUACAUAUCAUGACGCUAUCACUAUGGAGAACAUCGAAGUACAUGGUGAGGAAGUAAGGAUUCAGCGCCCUGAGCAUCAUGUCGACUGCAAAAUGUCUCCUGAGGUUGAGCGUGAGUGGCACCGUGUUCAAGCCACAGAGGACAUGUCUGCCGCACGGGCUGCAGCUGAGGUAGGUGCUUUCUCUCAGGCCGUGGCAAUCCUCGAAGCCCGUAGGAGGAUACUGGAGUCACAAGCAGCACAAUCUUCAGAUAACCAGUGCCUGGCAUUGAUGACGGAGCUGAGGGAGAUGCAGGAGAGAGUGGAGAACCGGCGGAGGUACGAGGAAUCAGGCAGGGCUUUCAUGCUGGCCGGCCUGAGCUCACACUCAUGGCAGAGAGCAACUGCACGUGGGGACUCAACAGAGAUCACUACCACUAUUCAUACCUAUCAGACGCCAACCAUGGUUGACAUGCUGCAGCGCUCUCAGAUUCUCGUGGCACCCACUGCUGACAUGCUGAACCGCUCCCCAACUGUGGCGCCUUCACAGAGGUCUCCACAUAGGUUCAGCCGGUCAUCCAGGUCCAGGACAACAAAAUCCUUCUCUGAGCAACUCCUGUGAUGCAUCCUGAUCAUGACGCAGGUCUAGCUAUAACUGUCAAAAUAUUAGGUGAAUGUAAUCUGUUCAUUUUUUUAGUUUAUUCCUACAGCUGAUACUUCCAUUUUCAGUAUUCUAUAGCAGACAUGGGCCUAGAAGUCCUGGGGUAUAAAUUGGUUUGGUGUACAUGGUUGGAAUUUAGAAAGGAUUUGUUCUGUAAAUAAACUUGUCCCUUGAAUUCUGGUCAA